GUUAGUUAGUGAGUUAGCUAACUGUGCAUAGAUAGAUGAUGACAGGCAUUCAGGUUGAUCUAUCUCCAUUACUCUCAUUGAACCAUGAAUGUAGUUAUAAUAUUUUAAUUUAUGCUUAUAUUUGAAUUGUUUUAUCGGAUAAUGAAGGUGUGAAAAAUACAUACACGUAUAUAUAUAUAUAUAUUUAUAUAAAUAUGUAAAAUGACGGAUAAAUUCAUAUUCUACUCCAAAAAUAAACAACAAAAGAACAGUCAAAAAGAAUUUAAAAAUGUUAACUAUUAAAAUUCGUCCAUGAAAUAAGCGAUUAAUUUAAAAAUUUGUUAUCAACAUGUUCAAUGUUACAACUUAAAAGAACAUUGUAAAGACCAGUUGUGGAAGCAAUAAUUCAAAAUACCGUUUUAUUAAAUGGGGAAUAUUUACAUAAAAAGCAGAAUAACUAACUAACUGACUAACUAACUUCAUUGAUUUCUACUUCAUUGUGUCUGUACCUGCCCGCAACCUCAUUCAUUUUUGUGGGGAUUUUGUGCAUUUUGUCGACGGAAGUCAGUUAGAAAUAUACAUUUAAGACUUAUUAUUAAUAAAUAUACAUGAAUAUGAGGCAGGGUAAAUCAGUAUUUGUACGCAGUAAAUUUCGUAUGCUUAAACGUACGCAAACAAUGCAUGUUGAAUAUACUGGACCUAUGGAAGAAUCUGCUCAUUUACAAAGGCAUGAAAGUUGGCAAAGUCUAGAAUUGGAUACACCUCCUGUGUCUUCAGGAACUGGUGAAACCGAUGCAGUAGCAGUAGCGUCAACAACGAAAGCAAUAACACCAGGUGAUCAAACAACAGGAUCAUUAAGUAGCAGUAAUCAAGGUGGACAGGAUAAUGAACAAAUGGAUCUGGCAAGCAGACGUGGUAGAAGAUCUGCCAUAAUUGAUAAUAAAAAUUUGAUUGGUGAAUCAGAAGUUGAUCAUCAGGAUACUCCAGGCAUAUCACAGAGUUCGAACAAAACUCUGAAUGAAGUUGGACAAGAACGUCCACCAAUCAUCUCAACAGUAAAUUCCUUCCGUGAACGUCAAAGACGAAUGUUACGAAAGCAGAAUACAAUAGCCGAUUUAAGUUGUCGAAAUCAAGUGGCCAAUACUAAUCAAGAUUAUGAACUGAAAAGAAGAGCAAAUGUCUUUAUGAAGCUGAUUGAACGAGGCACACGUUCUAAAGAAUCACUUCUUGAUUUGAAUGAAGCUCUACAAUCUCUAAAGUCAUCCUACUUUCAUGAUCAAUAUCUCGAAUCGUUUAGAGAUUUUCAUUGGUCUCAAUUAGACAAAAGUGGAAGCACUGAAGAUCAUAUGCCAGAUCGUGAAGUUCGACGAAGAGAAGCAGUUUGGGAAUUGUUCAAAAGUGAACUGACAUUUUUUAUUGACCAUCUUAUGGUGCUUAAAAAUUGUUUUAUGGAACCAUUGAAAAAGCUUCAAGUCGAUGGAUAUUUAAUGUUUGUUGAACCAAUGCAUUUGUUCGGAAAUUUGGAUGAUCUGUGUUAUGUUAGUCACACGUUUUGUCGCGAACUGAUUGGUAAUUUAAGUCAAGAGACAUUGACAAAUGAAUUCGGCAGUACAGAUGUCCUUCUUCGUCCUUUGAAAAGGUGGUCCGAACAUUCAAGAGAUGGAGAAAUUUAUCAUAAUUAUUGCUUGAACUAUGAUUCAGCACUGACGUAUUUAGACAGUUUGAGGAAAUUUGAACAUUUCAAUGAAUUCGAAAAGUGGUGUGAACAAGAUGCAAGGUGUCGUCGACUUCAACUGACUGACCUCCUAGUUGCACCAAUGCAACACUACAUGAAGAUACCAUUAAUGCUAAGCAGUAUCCGCCGAUAUACAGCAAGUAGUGCUGAACAAGAAAUGUUAACAGCGUGUUUAACAAAAGUUGAAAAUUCACUGAAAUCCCUGGAAGAUAAAAUGCGUUGGUUGAAAAAUUUUGAAAGACUUCAAGAAAUUCAAUCACAGUUAAUCUGGCCAUCAGUAUCAGAAUUAGAGCCAAGAGUUUUCAUUCCUGAAUUUCUGCGUCAAAGUUUAGCACGACAACCAUGUGAACGAUUGAUUGCAAAUCCUAAACGUCAGUUAUUACAUGAAGGAUUUUUGACACUCAAUGAUGGAACAAAAACUAUCGAAAUCUUCGCUUUCCUCUUCGAUGACUUUCUUUUAAUCACAAGAAUCAAGAAACCACCAAAAAAGAAGUCAUUUUCAGAGAAUCCAUUAAUUGGUCGUAGUAUAACCGAAGGUGGCGUUUUUGUAGUCUACAGACAAGUAAUAGCACUUGAUCGUUUCACUAUACAUGACUUAGGAAUUGUUGAAGCUACUGCUAAUGGCUUGCGAAAUGCCAUCGUUCUUGUACUCAUAACACGAUUUCAACAGAUCACAGGAGUUUAUACACUACAGGCAGCUAAUGAAUUGGAUAAGCAAAGAUGGAUAGAAAAGCUUCGAAAUAGUCAACAGGCAUUUCAAGAGAAGUUAAAGCACAAACUCUAUGGUAUCGAUAUUGAUCAACACACAAAUAAACACAGUAAAUUAAUUAAUCAGAAGCCUAAACUCACAAAUCAAGUAUCCCUCGCUGAAGAUACUCUCAGUACCAGUUUAGCGUGUGAUGUAAAACGUAGUGAUGAAAGCUCAGGUAAACUAAAUAAUGAUGCAUCUUGUACAACAAAUCAAGACAAAAAGACAAAUGAUCGAAGCCCUGGUAAUCUCAUGUCCAAUGCAUCAACCAGGGGGACAUCGAAAUCUCCAGUGAAUGAUUCCCAGCUAUCAACUGUACAACAACAAAAAGAACAACAGAAACAAGAAAGUGAACUUCAAGAAUGUGAUAGUUUAAUUAAAAUUACUUCUCAUGCGGAUAAUCCUGUGAUAGAGACUAUUCAUGAAUGUAAUAGUGAACCGGUAAGAAGUGAUGUUAUUGUAGAAAUAUCAGAAAAAGACAAUGCUGAAGAAUACUUAAAAGUAGAUAAUCCUUCACCUGGCAAUACAGAUUGUUCCUCAGAUGAACUCGGUGCAACUGUAUCCACGCCAAUCUCGUUAAGUGAAGUUUUAUUGCCGAACAGUAAAACGCCGGAGUAUUUAAUACGGAAUAGGCAUAGUCUUGAUCCAAAUCUAACAAAAUUAACUAUACCAGAAAUAAGUGAUAUCAAUCCGCCUACAGAAACAUCAUCCUCAUCAUCACCGUCAACAACAACAGCAACAACAACAAGAACAGACAAAGACUCAAAAACCUCUGCACUGGCACAGACAAAUACAGAAGCCGAGAAACAAAUUGUAGCGCCAAUAUUUUCACCGCCUAGUUUAUUACUCUUUGAUCGUGUCUCGCAUCCAACAAAUUUCGCUUAUGCAGCAACUAGACAAACUCAAUUCUCUCCGCCUUUAUCACCGAUACUUCACGCACCGUGUGCAAGUCUACCUCUAGAUAUAACAACACAGAAUCUUUAUGAUCUACCCGAUCGUUUGUUAACCAGGCUGAAUGUCACAGGGAAUCCUAUCAGUUCAGAUAGUGAAUCACAUGAAGAAAGAUUAUCCCAAAAAACUACUCAGAAUCCUCCAUUUCGUUGAAUUCAGUAACAGAGAAAACGAUUAACAAUUGUUGAGCAUAAGUCUUCACAAUUGAAUUCGUAUGUGUUCAAUGUCCAUUGUUCUGUCUACUUGAACUAAACAACAAGACAAAGAAGAAGUGAAUCAAUGAAAAAGACAAUACGCACGAUCUUCUAAUUUUAUUUUCAUCCGCUGUAUAUUUUCUUAAUAAAACAACAACAACAACAAGAUUUAAACUGUAAUCUGUCCAGUGAACAUUGAAAAGAUUGAAACCGCUUUUUCUCUCUUUUUUAUGUAUUAUUGUCGUUGUUGUUUAAAUGAAUCAAUUGCGCGAAGAUUAAAGUUCAAUCAACUAUUGUGUACAGUGUUAAACAUUUAUGUGAUGAAAUAAUGAAUGAAGCAAAUCUGACACUCAGUCAAUCAAUCAACUAAUCAGUCCUGCAUAAUCCAUCACCAUAUCACUUACAUUUCUAUUUGAUAAAAUAAGAAAGACGAAAUCAAGUAUUGUCUACCUCUAGUUGUAUUACAGAUAUAUAUAUAUAAUAAGAUGCUAUUCAUUUCACCCCAUUUUUGUCAUUAUUGACCAUUGCUGACUACUGAUUGAUGCAUACACUUCAUAGUUUCUGCUGGCUGUUUAAAUGUCUCUACAUCGAUAUAUUUUAUACAUGUUUGUUGUCAAUUUUUCAAUCGUGUUCUUAUUAUCAUACUCUAAAAAUUUUAUUUUGCGUAAUUUUGUUCAAUUAAAGUGUGUGUGUUGUGUACUUUGUUAAAUCAUAUCACAUGGAACAUUUGCAAAUAAAUGCACAGAGAAACUACAAUAGUAACAUAGAGACCUACUACUACUACUACUCACAAAUGUAACCACAACUGAGAAGAAAUUACCAAUAUGUCUUUUUUAAGUGAUAUAUAUACAUAUAUUUUUCUUUCCUUGUAGUGGACGAAUAUGUUUGUGAAGAAUAAAGUGUUCAGAUUGCAUUAUUUCAU